AGGGCCGCCCUUAAACGUUAAUGUAACUGAUUACACCCAUUAAUACACAGGAUUAUUCUCCAUCAAUCUUCACCAAAAGCUCCCCUCUUCUUCUCCUUCCUUAUUUCCUCCAUUGUUAAAAGAAAAAGGAGUUCCAGUCAAACUCAGUCGUAAAGAGAAAAAAAGAAGAAAGAAAUUUACAAUAAAUAUUGUUGUUUAUUAAUAAAUUUUUAGGAGCGUAACAGAAGUUACGAGGAAACAGAUCCGGACAUCUUAACGUGGUUUAGGAGCUGUUUUUGAUUUCCGGGUUCACCGAGCAAAGCAGCUUGGAAUCUAAAGGCGAUUUCUUUAUGGGUGAAAUUCAAGCUGACUUUGUUGAUGGUGUGGGUGAUAGUUUACCAUCUGAGGUUGUCAAAGACUUCCAAACAAUUACCACGGUCGGCGAUAAGAUGUAUGUAAUUGGAGGAUUUGAUAAUGAUGAGACGGAUGGAAUCGCUGUCCGAAUUUUUGAUAAGUCUGAAGGAAAAUGUAAAAUUGGCAGGGAUGUUCCUGCUACAUUGGGUACGAAACCUGCCCAAUGCAAAGGUCAUUCAGCAGUACUUCUAAAUAAUGACCGAAUAUUAGUUCUGAAGAAGGACUCUACUCCAGAUGAUUGUACCUGGUUUCUUGAGGUGGAUACACCACAUGUUAGGGAGAAAAAAGAGAAAAUGGAAACUGAGGUAGUUGCUUGGAGUAAGGGAGUAAAGGCCCAUGCUCCUAAACCAAUAGUUAUUAGCGGUCCAUCAGGAGUGGGUAAGGGAACGUUAAUAUCAAAACUCAUGAAAGAAUUUCCGUCCACUUUUGGAUUCUCCGUGAGCCACACGACUCGUGCUCCCAGAGAAAAGGAGAUAGAUGGAGUUCAUUAUCAUUUCGCAGAACGAACUUCAAUGGAGAAGGAGAUACGUGACGGGAAGUUCCUUGAAUCUGCAUCUGUUCAUGGAAAUCUUUAUGGCACGAGUAUUGAAGCAGUUGAGGUGGUUUCAGAUGCAGGAAAGAGGUGUGUUCUGGACAUUGAUGUCCAAGGCGCCAGGUCUGUGAGGGCUUGUUCGCUUGAUGCAAUAUACAUAUUCAUCUGCCCACCCUCAUUUGAAGAGCUUGAAAAGCGCCUUCGGGCACGAGGAACAGAAACCGAGGAACAGGUUCAAAAACGACUGCGAAAUGCAAAAACAGAGCUGGAGGAAGGAAGGUCUUCAGGUCUCUUUGAUCAUAUUUUGGUGAAUUGUGACCUUGAAAAAUGCUAUCAGACUCUUAAGAAACUCUUGGGUCUUGAUGGUUGCACCGGUACUGCUCCCGUAGAUGAAUCAUCUGUGAAGAACGUUGAACUUCCUAGUGGACACUCCAUAUCUGAAGUGAAUCAGAAGGUUCUCAUUCACUGCGUAACUACUGAUCCAGGAAAAAAGUUGUUUGUGCUGGAUGUAUCCUCGCUUAAAGGAGGAGCACCAGGACGGACACGGGGACUGAACAUGUACGCUAUUGAUCCAUUUGCCAACUGUCUGAAUGGAGGACUCAAAGAAAUGCAAAUGCCAUCGUACUGACCUAGGGUUUCCUACUUACUAGUGCCAUGACUAAUCUAGGGAUCUUAUUUAUGGACUUUAGUUUUCAAGAGAUCAUGUAAGCUCCAUUUUUUUAAUAAAUUUAUCAAAGAUUACGACAUGGCUCAAGUCUUAAUUAAUCUCCUUAUUAAUGGUUGAUAUUGAUUUGGUGAUAGCAAAGAAUGUUGUGCAUCUCUUC